GGUCUGCGGCGUGGGGGGGAGCGCACCUGCGCACAGGCUUCGCGAGCUGCGCGGUGCGUGGGACCCGAAAUGGCUCACUCGUUGGAGCGGGUCCCGUGUGCUGUGAUCGUGGACGGAGGACACGCACCAAUACAAAAGGGGGGUGUGGGGCGUCUGCCACCGUGGCCAGUCAAGUUGCGGAAGGGGAUUCUGACCGAGUCUUGGUCACACGAGCUCGCCCUGCGCUGCCCCAUGGGAAACAGGCCUGGAAUUCCUGUUGGGAGGAGGGUGGGGGAAAGGAAGCCAGCAGAGAUUCCAGAGUUACUGCCAUAGGCCGGCCUUUGGCCAUCAGGAAAGGCCCAGACUCUGGCCAUAGAAUGGACAAUUCGUUCUGUGACCUUACCAGGGGAGGAAGUGACCCUCAAAGGCAGCAAUGUGCUUCCUUGGUGAAGGGGUACAUUCGUUUAUUAAUCCACUAUCCACUAAGGUCACUCCACCAAGCAGGGUGUGGGGCUUAAGGCUAGAGUGAGUAGCUUUGUGGGGGGAGGGGUUGUAGCUGGUGAGAACACAAAGAUGACUGUCCUGGAGGAGCUCAGAACCUCACUCUUGUUUUCUCUCCCCAUCCUACAGGUAAGGCUGGCCUCUCUGCAGUCGGAGGUCUGAGCUCUGCCAUGGGGAUAGGGGUGUCUUUACUGCUGCAGUUUUCUCUGACGUCUGGGGGCUACCGGAGUGUGGGCCAAAGCAGGCGUUGCAACCACAGAAGUAUCCCCAGGAACAUCCCCAGGAAGAGCUGGAAAAAACCUCAUCCCCAGCUCCACAGUCUCCAGGCAGAGGAAGAACCAAUGCUGGAACGUCGCUGCCGGGGCCCUCUGGCCAUGGGCCCAGCCCAGCCCAGACUCCUUUCUGGGUCCUCCCAGGAGUCAUCUCAGACCCUGGACAAGGAGCCCCACAGGCAGAGGCAACAAGGCACAUCAAUGACCUCGCCGGAUGGCCAAGCCCCAGGCAGGGCCCAUCGCUGUGUCCACUGUCGAAGGCACUUCCCAGGCUGGGUGACCCUGUGGCUUCAUGCCCGUCGGUGCCAGGCCCGACUUCCCCUGCCCUGCCCUGAGUGCAGCCAGCGCUUUCGCCAUGCCCCUUUCUUAGCGCUGCAUCGCCAGGUCCAUGCUGCUGCCACCCCAGAUCUGGGAUUUGCCUGCCACCUCUGUGGGCAGAGCUUCCAAGGCUGGGUGGCCCUAGUUCUGCAUCUGCGGGCCCACUCGGCUGCAAAGCGGCCCAUCGCUUGUCCCAAAUGCGAGAGACGCUUCUGGCGACGAAAGCAGCUUCGAGCUCACCUGCGGCGGUGCCACCCUCCUGCGCCGGAAGCCCGGCCCUUCAUAUGCGGCAACUGUGGCCGGAGCUUUGCCCAGUGGGACCAGCUGGUUGCUCACAAGCGGGUGCACGUAGCCGAGGCCCUGGAGGAGGCGGCAGCCAAAGCUCUGGGACCCCGGCCGAGGGGCCGCCCCGCGGUGACUGCCCCCCGGCCCGGCGGAGAUGCCGUCGACCGUCCUUUUCAGUGUGCCUGCUGCGGCAAGCGCUUCCGGCACAAGCCCAACUUGAUCGCCCACCGCCGCGUGCACACGGGCGAGCGGCCCUACCCGCGGCUCGAGCGCUUCCUGCGGGCGCACCAGCGGCAGCACACGGGGGAGCGGCCCUUCGCCUGCGCCGAGUGCGGGAAGAACUUCGGCAAGAAGACCCACCUGGUGGCGCACUCCCGGGUUCACUCCGGCGAGCGGCCCUUUGCCUGCGAGGAGUGCGGGCGCCGCUUCUCCCAGGGCAGCCACCUGGCGGCCCACCGGCGCGACCACGCGCCCGACCGGCCCUUCGUCUGCCCCGACUGCGGCAAGGCCUUCCGCCACAAGCCCUACCUGGCGGCCCACCGGCGCAUCCACACCGGCGAGAAGCCCUACGUCUGCCCCGACUGCGGCAAAGCCUUCAGCCAGAAGUCCAACCUGGUGUCCCACCGGCGCAUCCACACGGGCGAGCGGCCCUACGCCUGCCCCGACUGUGACCGCAGCUUCAGCCAGAAGUCCAACCUCAUCACCCACCGCAAGAGCCACAUCCGGGACGGCGCCUUCUGCUGUGCCAUCUGUGGCCAGACCUUUGACGAUGAGGAGAGACUCCUGGCCCAUCAGAAGAAGCACGAUGUCUGAGGCGGCCAGGGGCUGUGGCGGCUGAGCGAGGGCUGGGGUCCUUUGCAGCAGGAGUGUGGCAGCGGGCUUGGGGGUGCCUGCCUGGUGCUGGGGAAGGGGAUGAUAGGAAUCCCAGAAGGGAUAGAAAAGGCAAGGAGGGAACUGGGCCCUAGGACACGAGGGAGGUCAACCCUGUGGCCAGGGAACCCACUUCAGAGUGCAAGAACGCCAGCCUCCAGCCGGUGUUUACUGAGAUUCUGUCUUGACUGUCCUGUGCCCUGGAAAAGUAGCAAUAGCAUCUACCCCUUAGAGCCCUCUGGCUAGAGGAGCCACCAGUGGAAAGACCCUUUGUCCUCUGGUGUUAACGCCUUAAUGUCCCUGUCUUUACUGUAAGUUACUUCAGAUCAUUUUUGGAAGUAGGUGUGGUACAGUCCUUAGUGAAUGAACGCUUGGGGAGGAAAAGUAGACUGGCUGGAUACAGCUUGGAGAACCAGCUGGCCUUGUUAGACAGCAGUUGAGCUUUCUCCAGCAUCAAGAGGUGAGCCACGCUGCUCUUACCUCCCACCUUUCCCUCCUUCCUGCCCCUGCAUAGGCACCCAGACUUGGAGAGACCCCUCCACUGUUAGUGAUUCUUUCCUCUUCCCAAAGAUCAGAACCCCCAAGGCAUUUUCUCGUGGUCUGUCUUGCUUUAUUGGCUGCCCCUCCCACUGCUGAGAGCUUCCCUUGACUGGCAGCAGCUCUGUGUCCAGGCUUUUGUCUGAACAUCCCAGCCCCUCUGCUCCUUCUGGAGCUCAACAUGUCAUGGAAAAGACUACCCCAUUGGUGAUGGAGGGCAGCUGAAGGGAGGAUACUGGGUGAAUUUCCUUUUCAACAUUUCUGGCGUAUGGAUGCCCAGCCUGUGCUUGAGCAUUUAGGUGACAGGGAGUUUCCCACCUCCUGAGGCCCUGGUUCUAUCGUAGGAUGAUUCUAAUUGCUAGAAAUUCUUCCCUAUAAUGAACAAAUUCUGCUUUCCUAUAAUUUCUACCUGUUGGGCCUUGUUCUGUUCUCUGGAACUAAACAGAACAACCAUUUACCCUCCUUUUCAAACUAGAGAAUAAAGAUUUGGUUUUAGAACUGG